CUGAAGUCAGAACAGCACAAGCGUUCAAGAGAAAAGUGCAAGGUGGACCAUUGCUACCACGAAUCUAAAGGAUAGUUCCCAGCAGCAGAGAUGGGUGAAUCGAUCAUCUACAUCCGGCAUAUCGAGUUGCUGGGAUUUGAGAAGAGAUUUUUCCCCAGCCAACACUAUGUUUAUAUGUUUCUCGUGAAAUGGCAAGAUCUGUCAGAAAAAGUUGUGUAUCGGAAGUUCACGGAGAUCUAUGAGUUCCAUAAAGUUUUGAAGGAAAUGUUUCCGAUUGAAUCUGGGGAAAUUAACACGGAGAAUAGAAUAAUCCCUCACUUGUCAUCUCCAAAGUGGUUUGACAGCCAACGCGCCACUGAAAACCGUCAAAAUACUCUGUCCGAGUACUUCUCUGCCUUGAUCAAUCUUCCACGCAAGAUCUCCCGUUGUGUGCACGUCUUAGACUUCUUUAAAGUCAGACCAGAAGAUUUGAACCCGUCUACGGCAAACCACCCCAAGAAACCAGAAACAUUCAUGAUGCCAUAUGAUUCAAAGAAGAUUGCAACAGACAUCACGGGCCCAAUCAUCCUACAGACCUACCGUGUGAUUGCUGACUAUGAGAAGAACUCCAGCACUGAGAUGGCCAUGAAGGUGGGGGACAUAGUAGACGUGGUGGAGAAGAGCGAGAGUGGAUGGUGGUUUUGUCAGCAAAAGAAUAAACGAGGUUGGGUACCAGCUGCUUAUCUAGAACCAAUGGAUAGUCCAGAUGAAGCUGAAGAACAGGAGCCCAACUAUGCAGGUGAGCUCCAUGUUGUCCGAAAAGGUUACACAGCUGCUCAGGAAGACGAGAUUUCCCUGAAGGAAGGAGAAACCAUAGAAGUUAUCCAUAAACUGCUUGAUGGUUGGUGGGUAGUCAGGAAGGAUGAGAUCACAGGCUACUAUCCUUCAAUGUAUCUGCAGAAAGUAGGAGAGGAAAACAUGACCGAGAACAACCCGCUGAGGAAUAAAGCAGCACCCCCUCGAAGGUCCAGCAUCAGCAACAUCAAGAGCAUCCACAAGCAAAGUCGCAAGCAGAUUAGCCAGGAGACGUAUAGGCGGAACAGCGUGAAAUACAUGCAAAGCAGAAAGAAGCUGAAGAACAAAUUCUUGGGCAAAACCAAUAUUAUCGAGGAAAAAAAUGAAAACGAUGAACCCAAACCUGCAAUUCCUCCGAGACCCAGUAAAGAUUUGCUUCUGAUUCGUUGUUCUGAGAGCACAAAGAAAAAAAUCCAGUGAGGAAGAAACGGAGGAAUUUAUCGCUCCAUCUUUGCUACCAUCACUAAAAAGAACUUGAAAGGAUCUAAAAAGGAUCACCUGACGACCUCUGUUUUUGGAAGAGUUAUUGCAAAUGAUGUCUAGUGAUCCCUUGCAGCUCUUGUGUUCAGAGAGUAUGAUCCUUUUUCUACUUCUUGACCAAUCUUACAGGGGAGAGAAGUGUUUAGAACAUAAGAAUAGCACAUGGUUAUUACAAUUCUACAAUAGUUAUAUAAUUAUAAUUGGGCAUAGAAUUUAGCACUAAUGACUUGCAAUUUUUUCUACAGAGUCUCUUA